AGCGUUGGGGAUGCUGUCAUCAGGAUUCUCUUGCACAAAGAGAAAGAUAUAAAAACAUCUCUCCGACUCGUGAGUUUCCUCCCUUUCCCAUGCCUUUGCCAGGAAUGUCAGAAAAGGAUCCCAGGCCGAUUGGAGGCGUUAGGUCGUCAGUUUGACUCCCAGUGGUGGACAAAGAAAUGUGGGUAAUAAACAGCUAACGGUGGGGAAAAAGGGAACUCAAGGAGACGUGAGAACUGUUCGUUUCACCCUGGACAUUUCCUCAAAGCUAGUUCAUUUGAAAAGCCUCAGUAGCUGCAGGACCUAGCCGGGAGCUGAUGAAUUUCCUCUCUGAUUCUUGCUCUUGACCCCUGAGAGCUGGCAAAGGGAAGCUUCUGGACUUUAAGGGACAUGGAUCUUGGUUGAAGUCUCCAUAGGAAAACCUACAAGUGUAGAAAUCAUCUUGGUAUCACUACUGCCUCUCCACCAAGGUUUGGGCUGCUUUCCUUCCAAUAUCACACAUCCUAAGUGAGGUGUCAGUGGUAGUCUUCUUCCUGGCAGUGAAGAUGCCCUAAGAGGGGAUUUAUGGCAGCUUCACUCUCUGAAGGCUCUGUCUUUAGUCAGAUAAGAAACGCAGAAUCUCUCCAAAUGUCGUCCAGUAAUGACCAAGUUUCUAUCCCGAUGUCACAAAGAAACACCAAUGGCCUCCCCAAGAAGACUCCCAAGGGCGUGAAGGCAUUUACUGAAGGAGCUGUGUUGUCUUUUCAUAACAUCUGCUAUCGAGUAAAAGAGAAGAGUGGCUUUCUACUUUGUCGAAAAACAGUUGAGAAAGAAAUACUAUCUAAUAUCAAUGGGAUCAUGAGACCUGGCCUCAACGCCAUUCUGGGACCCACAGGCGGCGGCAAAUCUUCAUUGUUAGACGUCUUAGCUGCAAGGAAAGAUCCACAUGGAUUGUCUGGAGAUGUUUUGAUAAAUGGAGCAACUCGACCUGCCAAUUUCAAAUGUAGUUCAGGUUAUGUGGUACAAGAUGAUGUCGUGAUGGGAACCCUGACAGUGAGAGAAAAUUUACAGUUCUCAGCAGCUCUUCGGCUCCCAACAACUAUGAGGAAUCAUGAAAAAAAUGAACGGAUUAACAGGAUCAUUCAAGAGUUAGGUCUGGAAAAAGUGGCAGAUUCGAAGAUUGGAACUCAGUUUAUCCGUGGUGUGUCUGGAGGAGAAAGAAAAAGGACGAGUAUUGGAAUGGAGCUUAUAACUGAUCCAUCCAUAUUGUUCCUGGAUGAGCCCACAACUGGCUUAGACUCGAGCACAGCAAAUGCUGUCCUUUUGCUCCUGAAGAGGAUGUCUAAACAGGGACGAACGAUCAUCUUCUCCAUUCAUCAGCCUCGUUAUUCCAUCUUCAAGUUGUUUGACAGCCUCACCUUGCUGGCCUCGGGAAAGCUAAUGUUCCAUGGGCCUGCUCAAGAGGCCUUGGGGUACUUUGCAUCAGCUGGUUACCAUUGUGAGCCCUAUAAUAACCCUGCAGACUUCUUCCUGGAUGUCAUUAAUGGAGACUCUUCUGCUGUGUUAUUAAACAGAGAGGACCCAGAAGGUGAAGCCAGGGAGACUGAAGAGCCUUCCCAGAGAGAUUUGUCUCUCUUAGAAAAAUUAGCUGAGUUUUAUGGCAACUCUACCUUCUUCAGAGAAACGAAAGCUGAGUUAGAUCAACUCUCAGGGGCUCAGAAAAGCAAGAAGAGCAUAGCCUUCAAGGAGAUCACCUAUGUCUCCUCCUUCUUUCAUCAACUCAAAUGGAUUUCCAAGCGUUCAUUCAAAAACCUACUGGGCAAUCCCCAGGCCUCUAUAGCUCAGAUAAUUAUAACAGCCAUCCUGGGACUGGUUAUAGGUGCCAUUUUCUAUGAUCUAAAAAUGGACUCUGCAGGAAUCCAGAAUAGAGCUGGGGUGCUCUUCUUCCUGACGACCAACCAGUGUUUCAGCAGCGUGUCGGCCGUGGAGCUCUUCGUGGUGGAGAAGAAGCUCUUCAUACAUGAAUACAUCAGUGGAUACUACAGAGUGUCGUCUUAUUUCCUUGGAAAACUGUUAUCUGAUUUACUGCCCAUGAGGAUGUUACCAAGUAUCAUAUUUACUUGUAUAACAUACUUCUUGUUAGGACUGAAACCAAAGGUGGAGGCUUUCUUCAUCAUGAUGUUUACCCUUAUGAUGGUGGCUUAUUCCGCCAGUUCUAUGGCACUGGCUAUAGCAGCAGGUCAGAGUGUGGUAUCCAUCGCAACACUUCUCAUGACCAUCUGUUUUGUCUUUAUGAUGAUAUUUUCAGGGCUGUUGGUAAAUCUCAGAACUGUUGUGGCUUGGCUCUCGUGGCUUCAGUACUUCAGCAUUCCUCGAUAUGGCUAUGCAGCUUUGCAGCAUAACGAAUUUUUGGGACAAAACUUCUGCCCAGGACUCAAUGUAACAGCAAAUGAUACCUGUAGCUAUGCAACAUGUACCGGCGAAGAGUUUUUGGAAAACCAGGGCAUCGAUCUGUCACCUUGGGGCCUGUGGAGGAAUCAUGUAGCCUUGGCAUGCAUGAUCGUCAUCUUCCUUACAAUUGCCUACCUAAAACUGUUGUUUCUUAAAAAAUAUUCUUAAAUUCUUCUUUAAUUUACACGAUCUAUCCACACAUUAAAAAGGGAGCACCUUGAUUUAUUA